AUGCUCUCCGCCGCGAGUUCGGCCGGCGGCAGCGAUGACGACGAUGUCGAGUGCCGCACCUGCUACGGCGUCGUCGUGGUCUGCGUGUCGCUGCUCCUGCUCUGCGUUCUCGCGGCCACCGCCGGCGUUGUUAAGGCCUGCGCCGUCACCGGAUUCACCGUGGUGUUCUUUGGCAUAGUCGGCUGGUUGGUACCCUACGGCGCCACGGCUACCGGGAGAGACGCCAUGGGCGCGCGGCGAGCUACUCAUCAUGACACAGGCGCCAGGGUCGUGAUGGCGCUGCGGCGGGCCGGCUACUCCUGCCCGCUCGGUGGCACCGACGUGCCGCCGGCGUUUGCCUACGAGUGUCCCGCCGACGACGAGGGCAGCGCGCUGUGCGCGGUGUGCCUGGAGGACGUGCAGCAAGGCGAGACGGUGCGGCGGCUGCUGGCGUGUGGGCACCUGUUCCACAAGGAGUGCAUCGACAUGUGGCUGCACUCGCACACGACGUGCCCGCUGUGCAGGUGUGACCUCUCGCCGCGGCGGCAUACCACGAAAACCAUCGUGACGACGGUGGCGGCGCAGUCGUCGGCUGACGCGCUGCCGCCGGUUUAG